GGGAAACAAAAUGACUAAAUCACACAGUUCCCAGUACCACCCGGAAGAUCAGUGGCGCAGUUGCACAUGAAAGUGUGACUUGUCAGGGCAAAAUCCGAAAUAUUAUGUAUGACUGGUGUCAGCUAGGUCCAUUUCAAAAGAUCUACUACAAUAAAGCACAUUGAUAAAGGAAGCAUUUGUGCAAGAGCAAUGGCUAACAAAGGCAACAGUGAUGAGACAGAAAAACUUUCAGGCGCUAUGCAGCAAGGAACUGACUUGAAGUCUCACCUAGUUCCUGAUACAAAAAUGAAAAGUCAGAGUACCAGUGAAUCUGAGGAGAAACAAAAUGAUGACACAGAAAAACUUUCAGGCGCUAUGCAGCAAGGAACUGACUCGAAGUCUCACCUAGUUCCUGAUACAAAAAUGAAAAGUCAGAGUACCAGUCAAUCUGAGGAGAAACAAAAUGAUGACACAGAAAAACUUUCAGGCGCUAUGCAGCAAGGAACUGACUCGAAGUCUCACCUAGUUCCUGAUACAAAAAUGAAAAGUCAGAGUACCAGUCAAUCUGAGGAGAAACAAAAUGAUGAGACAGAAAAACUUUCAGGCGCUAUGCAGCAAGGAACUGACUCGAAGUCUCACCUAGUUCCUGAUACAAAAAUGAAAAGUCAGAGUACCAGUCAAUCUGAGGAGAAACAAAAUGAUGAGACAGAAAAACUUUCAGGCGCUAUGCAGCAAGGAACUGACUCGAAGUCUCACCUAGUUCCUGAUACAAAAAUGAAAAGUCAGAGUACCAGUCAAUCUGAGGAGAAACAAAAUGAUGACACAGAAAAACUUUCAGGCGCUAUGCAGCAAGGAACUGACUCGAAGUCUCACCUAGGUCCUGAUACAAAAAUGAAAAGUCAGAGUACCAGUCAAUCUGAGGAGAAACAAAAUGAUGAGACAGAAAAACUUUCAGGCGCUAUGCAGCAAGGAACUGACUUGAAGUCUCACCUAGUUCCUGAUACAAAAAUGAAAAGUCAGAGUACCAGUCAAUCUGAGGAGAAACAAAAUGAUGAGACAGAAAAACUUUCAGGCGCUAUGCAGCAAGGAACUGACUCGAAGUCUCACCUAGUUCCUGAUACAAAAAUGAAAAGUCAGAGUACCAGUCAAUCUGAGGAGAAACAAAAUGAUGAGACAGAAAAACUUUCAGGCGCUAUGCAGCAAGGAGCUGACUUGAAGUCUCACCUAGUUCCUGAUACAAAAAUGAAAAGUCAGAGUACCAGUCAAUCUGAGGAGAAACAAAAUGAUGAGACAGAAAAACUUUCAGGCGCUAUGCAGCAAGGAACUGACUCGAAGUCUCACCUAGUUCCUGAUACAAAAAUGAAAAGUCAGAGUACCAGUCAAUCUGAGGAGAAACAAAAUGAUGAGACAGAAAAACUUUCAGGCGCUAUGCAGCAAGGAGCUGACUUGAAGUCUCACCUAGUUCCUGAUACAAAAAUGAAAAGUCAGAGUACCAGUCAAUCUGAGGAGAAACAAAAUGAUGAGACAGAAAAACUUUCAGGCGCUAUGCAGCAAGGAACUGACUUGAAGUCUCACCUAGGUCCUGAUACAAAAAUGAAAAGUCAGAGUACCAGUCAAUCUGAGGAGAAACAAAAUGAAUCCCCUCUUAAUAUCCAAAAUCCUGAAGAAGAGACGGCAGGGGAUGAGAAUGAAGUCCAGGAUCAAGAGCAGAACCUCCGACCACCGACCAUUGUACCAGGGAAUAAUAAAACACUUUGGAUUUGUGCAGCUGUUGUCAUGUUUGCUGUGAUUUAUGCAUUUAUGCGUAGUCCUGACACAACUCCACCUAAAACAAACGAUGUGGUGGACGUUUUCAAUCAGGAAAUGGAAAAACUUGAAAAUAGCUUCCGAAAUCAGCAUCCAGAGCUCUGGAGGAGGAGUCGUAUUCAUCUCAGGCGCCACCUAAAGACUAAGAACCCCUCUGAACCAGUCAGCCUCAUUCUGACAUCUGGUCACAGAGCUGAAAAGACACUUGAUUGCUUAGCCCGAUGCUUGGCCCGAGCCUUUUCCACUGCUGUUAACUCUUCAGUUCUGAAUAUUAAUGGCAAAAGCAAAGCGUCACAAGACAGUGAUCAGGUGAAGCUGGACAUUGAUCGUGAAUUGAGAAAUGCCUUUGAGGGUGAAAAGUCUGCUGCAGUCAUCCACCGUUUUGAGGAGCUCCCUCCUGGAUCCACUCUCAUCUUCUACCGUUACUGUGACCAUGAGAAUGCGGCUUAUAAAAACGUCUUCCUGGCCUUUACUGUAAUGCUUGAUGCAGAAGUGGAAGUGUCAUCCACUGUCAGUCUGGGAAGAGUUGAGGAGAUGGUUCAAGAACACAUUAAACGGAAGUUUGUGUCCUCUGACAAGUCAGCUAUGUUUAAUCAAAUGGACGUUGACAAACUAAGUGGACUGUGGAGCAGAAUUUCACAUCUCAUCUUGCCAGUGGCUGCAGAAGAGAAGAUUGAACAGCAGGGCUGUGGGGAUUGUGAUAAAUCAUUUUAAAAACACUUUUUGCAAAAAAAACUUUUUGACUCAUUAUUUGGAUUCAAACAAAAAAAAUAUGACUAUGUGUUUUUGUAUGGAUGAUUGGCCUCAGUUCUCUUCCUUUCACAAAAAAUUUUAAUUUUUCAGAUUAUGAAUUUUAUAUUAGGAUAAAAUGAAGGAAGUUUCCCCAUUUGUAUAGCUUUUCUUUAUUUCUUUUUUCUCUUUGCAUCUAAAUUAUGUGUUACAUUAUAGUUAUUUUUAAUCUCCAAUAAUUUGUUUGGCCAGGGAUGAACGUGUUAUAUUUGUUGUUUUUAUCCUACUUCAAAGCUUUAUUAGAGAAAAUAAACGUGCCUUAAUAAACGAAUAUUAUCUAUUCUGCUU